GAUAGUGUAAACCUCGCGAUCUAUUUGGUGCCCAAAUUGGUGUCUUCGUCGUCUCCGUCCGUCUUCGGGUGUUGAAUGAAUGAAACGAAACCAUCACUUUUGCUGAGCCGUGUGACAUCAAUUGUGGAACAAGUCUACGUGUGAGUUUUCCUCCUCUGCCUUUUUUUCUGACUUGUGUGGUGUGGCGCGCAAUUCCCGCCGUUCCGCGUUUGUUGAGCUCAAGUGUUUGACGGCGCGCGAUGAUCGCCCCCCAUCCAUCUACGCGCGAAAAGGCUUUGUGAAAGAGCGAGAGAAAACCAGCUGAGUCAGAAGAACCACAACGCGAAGCACCCAAAAGGGAAGAAAAAGUGUGAUUAAGUGAAGAUUUAACGGAUCAGUGAUAAAUUGGUGGAGUGUGAGAGGUUGCCCCGAAGAAGAAUAGAAGAGACCCCGCUACAGCAGAAGACCCCGGAGCACCGGAGACCCGCCGCGAACGAGUUGUAUCUAGGUUUGUGCAAGGGGGGAAGAUUCGCUGGAGUCCGUGUGUGAGUGCCGCUGCCGGUUCGAGAGGAGUGUGUCGCCGUUGAUUUGGCUGUUGUUUUGAGAUAUUCCAGCGCCACAACCUACGAAAACAAGUUUGUGGAAAUCACGUCUGGGAAUUGAAUACACGGAUAAUUGAUACAUUACGACGAGUGAGAACCUAAGGAGGAAGUAUAAGUAAGAAGAGAAGAUUUGAAGAAUUGUGCACGUGGAGAACGUAAUAAGGGAUUGUGUUGGAAAACAUUGUGUGGAAGCUGUUGGGGAGUACGAGAAUCAUUAUCAAUCACGCCGGAGAACACUCUGUGGAAUCCACUGGAAAAGCGACUACUGAUACUUUUUGCCGUCAACAGAUUCAACUGCACAUCAUUGAAUUAUUUGCAGUCGUAACAACGCCAAUGCUUUCAACAUCGCCAUAAAACGCCAAGCAGGAAACCACCACCGUCUGCAUCGGGUUGCAAUCAAAAGUGCAAAAAGCAAUACACACACCCUACAUAAAACACAUCUGUGCAGCCACCUGUCUGCCUGCAUGCAGUCCACCUCUUGGGAGAAGAAUUCCAAAAAUGUAAUGCCAUAUAAAUAAUGCAUUAGAGACACACACACUUGGUUGCAAUCAUCAUCAUCGUCGAAAAAGUCGGUGAAACACUGCACUAAAACGGGGGUGCAAUAAGCCAACCGCGAUCCAACAGCGAACGUGUUUCGUUCGAUUCAUUGAUAACAAAACCGCUCUCUUGCUGCUGUGCUCGGCAGACCCCAGCACGUAAGCCUUUGAACUGCAACUAGAUCGUGACAUCGACACGCGGUCGGGUGGUGGCGCGGAAGAGCGCGACCAAACGAAAGUGAAACACCAUGGAGAAGUAUGUAACCGUCGUAUCGGUUGACGAUCAGCAACAAGAGCAUCCAAAGCAGCCAUCGACAGAUGUAAAAGGCAGCAAGGAAGUGUUAAAUGGGGGUGUGGAAGCCAUCAGCAACGGAAGCGACUCGGCGGCUGCGGUCGAUUCACAGUUUGUCACAGUGCUGUCGAUCAACCAUGGCGGCGCUGCUGCGCUGGAGGGAGCUAGCGAACCAGAACUGGUACUGGUCUACCGAUUACCCGGGGAAAGGCUUGGUUUCGGGCUCAAGUUUCAGGGUGGCACGAAAAACAACGAGAAAAUCCAGCGGCUGUUCAUCCAGUCGUGUGCUGAAAAUAGUCCCGCCUCAAGGGUGCAGGCCAGCUGGGGCUUCCUCAGAGAGGGAGAUGAGAUUUUGGAGAUCGAUGGAGUGAGUGUGACGCGGAUGACGAGGAUCGAGUGCGUUAAGUGCUUGAAGGAAAGCAAUUUGGCCAUAAAGCUGUUGGUGAGGAAUGGGGAAGGAAAAGUACAAAACUUCUUCGAUGAGAAUGGGGAUGUUCCAGAGAAGAAAAGUGUGCCACCUCCACCGCCUCCGGUACCGCCGAGGAAAUUGAACAAACGGAAGGUGGUGGAACAGCAUGCUGUUGAACCUCCAGCAAAGCAGGUCGUCGAGAUCGUGCAUCCUCCGGAUGCGGAAGUUUACUCAAACCUGUUCUCCGACGACAUCAGCGAUCUGAUCAGCGAAUCGGAUGACACUGCCAGUACAAUUUCUACAGUCAUAGAUAAAAACUCGAUAUGCUCAAGUCUUUCUUCGGAGGACUACACGAUUUCGUCAAACCCAAGCAGUUUGGAGUUGGCGAAGGCUUUAAAGCCGUUCACGCUUCUUGAACAGGAGUUCAACCUUGAGGACAAACUUGAAACUAACUUGUUCACGUUUCAACCAUCAGCAGUCAAUAUAGUUCAGGUUGAAGUGGGGCCACCCUCUUCCAAUAAUGAAUACGAAAACGUCUCCAUAGCAAAGGUAGACGAGAACAAGAACUACGAAAACGUCGUAAUUCAGGCCAGUGAUCAUCACCCUCAAAACUACGAAAACGUUACAAUACAGGAAGUCGUAGACGUCCAUCCUUACGAGAACGUAGUCAUUCCCACUUCAGAUGACCAACCAGAAUCAACCGUGUACGAAAACAUAGACCUGAAACCGCCCCCACGCCCGGCACCUCGCCAAGGCGCUCUGGUAGAACCUAAAAGACGAGCUGCCCCACUCCCAACCGAAAUCAUCCCACCCCCUCGUCAGAAAUCCCCCAAAUUCCCACCGCAGCUCCCGCACGAGUUCAACACCAUUCAAAGCUGGCUCCAGGAAGCCACCGAAGUCAUCCACGAGUGCGCCCUUGCCCCCCACGCCGAGUCACCCAAAGACGACAAACGCACCGGAAGCAACGAGAGCCUUCCCCGGCUGAUCGAUUUCCACCCGAAAGUUUCUAGUCCUUUCAAGCCAGUCAGCAGUUCACCGCAACCCUCGACGAUAAUCACCGUGGACGACGCCGUCCGAGCCGAUGACGACGGCCAUCUCGACCCAGAACCUGAACCGACGACGGUAGUAAUCAAAAAGUGCAUCAAAAUUAGCACCAGCAACGACGAUCAAGGUCAGCUCGAAAGCUACAUCGAAUCGUCGUCGUCCGACAGCGACGAAGACGAGGAGAAAAGCUACGAACCGCACGCUUUCCGCCACACGCAGCAGCAACAGCAGCGGUAUUACGAUGCGAUGGAGCACCAUCAGCAGCUGUACGAGGACGAACACGAGGAAGAAGAAAGAAGGUCUUGCGAUGGAAGCGGCGGCGGCGGGGGUGCUUUUGAUACCUACAGUGAUGAGGAUGGGGAAAAGCUCGGCCCACCGGAGAUUGUGGCCGGUGGGCCAUCGGAGGCGUACUUCAAUUUUCACUGGAGUACCACGCUGCUGCCCCCGAUCGGGGAGGUGGAGGAGGAGUUUUCAUCGCUGGAAAAUCAGCAAAGCGGGUGAGUUGAGCAUGCAUAAUUGAUCUGAAUCACAUAAGUUGUAGAUCUGUUGAACUUUUAACAAGCUUUCGCCAAGAUCAUUGAAAGUUGUAUGCGAUUUUGUGUGUGCCGCUGUAAAUGUUUGGGGGUGGUUUUCAUUCCACCGCACGGUGAAUGAUGCGAUGCUGAUGAGGAAGAAAUCAGUCGAUUGCGGUGUAAGUGCUAGCACGAUUGCAUACCUCGCAGGCGACAUAUUGCAGUGAA